AUAGGAGGUGCCAGAUGCCGCGUUUGAGGACAAUCACAUCAGUACGCGUCUGACCACGGAAGGGGAAGGUUGUUACGAUGAUGCGCUCCACUAAACUCCUUUUCUCCGUCUCCAGGGCUGGGCUGGCGAGGGAAUAUGCGCCUGCCAUCACCAGGUUCCAGUCCACCUCGGCCCAGCCAGCGGAGGAGGCCAGCAAGGCUACGACGAGGAAGGAGCGCGCCAUGAACAAGACCGUGAAGCCCAGCAAGUCCUUCGUAAUGAACAUGUUCCGCGGCGCCACCGUGACGGAGCAGGCCAUCCCCUACCCCAACGUGCUCACGGCCGAGGAGAUGGAGACGCUGGAGAUGCUGGUCGACCCCACCGAGAAGUUCUUCCAGGAGUGUAACGAUGCCGCCAAGAACGACACAAUGGAGCAAGUGGACGAACAGACUCUGCAGGGCCUGAGGGAGCUGGGCGCCUUCGGAAUGCAGGUGCCGGCUGAGCUAGGCGGCGUGGGACUCAACAACACCCAGUACGCCCGUCUGGUGGAGAUUGUAGGCUCGCAUGACCUUGGCGUCGGCAUUACCCUGGGAGCCCAUCAGUCUAUUGGCUUCAAGGGUAUUCUCAUCGCUGGGAACCCUGAGCAGAAGGCCAAGUACCUCCCCAAAGUGGCAUCAGGAGAGCAUUUCGCCGCCUUUGCCCUCACCGAGCCCUCCAGCGGGUCGGACGCCGGCUCCAUCCGCAGCCGUGCCGUGCCCUCCGAGGACGGAUCGCACUUCAUCCUCAACGGGUCAAAGAUUUGGAUCAGUAAUGGCGGCCUGGCGGAGGUGUUCACGGUGUUUGCCCAGACGCCUGUGACGGACCCUAAGACUGGCACCACCAAGGACAAGGUCACAGCGUUCAUCGUGGAGCGUUCCUUCGGCGGUGUGUCUCACGGUGCGCCUGAGAAGAAAAUGGGCAUCAAGGCUUCGAACACGGCCGAGGUUUACUUUGAGGAUACCAAGAUUCCCGCCGAGAACGUGCUGGGUGGUGUGGGCAACGGGUUCAAGGUCGCCAUGGAGAUCCUGAACAAUGGGCGCUUUGGCAUGGCCGCGGCACUCUCCGGCACCAUGCGCUACUCCAUCAAGAAGGCCGUCGACUUCGCCACGGCACGCACACAGUUUGGCCGCCGAAUUGACACGUAUGGGGCCAUCCAGGAGAAGCUGGCGCGCAUGGCAAUGUUACACUACGUCACAGAGUCGAUGGCGUACAUGAUCUCCUCAAAUAUGGACAGUGGCUCGAAGGACUACCACCUGGAGGCCGCGAUUAGCAAGUGCUUUGCGUCCGAGGCAGCGUGGACGGUGACGGACGAGGCGAUCCAGGUGAUGGGCGGCAUGGGCUUCAUGAAGGAGACGGGGCUGGAGCGCGUCCUCCGAGACCUUAGGAUCUUCAGGAUCUUCGAGGGCACCAACGACAUCCUGCGCCUGUUUGUGGCCCUUACCGGCCUCCAGUACGCCGGGGGUCACCUGAGGGAGCUGCAGCAGGCCCUGAAGAACCCCGCCGCCAACAUGGGUCUCAUCGUGGACGAGGGAACGAAGCGAGCCAAGAGAGCCAUUGGUUUCGCUGACGCUGGCAAGAUUGAAGGGAUCCACCCCAACCUGAAAGACUCGUCCCUUCUACUGAGCAGGGCCGUGGCAGCGUUCGGGGCCAGUGCCGAGGGCCUCCUGAUGAAGCACGGCAAGCAGAUCGUGGAGCAGCAGUUCCUCCUCAACCGUCUGGCCAACUCCGCCAUGGACCUGUACGCCAGCCUGGUGGUUCUCUCCCGCGCCUCACGCUCCCUCAGCCUCAACCUGCCGUCUUGCACCCACGAGGAGAAGAUUGCAAGGGUCUGGGUCAAUGAGGCAUCCGAUCGCAUCCAGCUCAACCUGACGGCCGUACGCUCCGCCACCUCCAUCAGCAACUUCAGCGACAUGGCCUCCAUCUCCAAGGACCUCUGUGAAAAUGGUGACAUCGUGGCGCAGCGACCCCUCGGAAUUUAAAUGGCAUAGUACCUUACGUCCUUCCUCUCGUCUUUUAGCAACCUUCCCUUACGAUUUCCUAUUUGCUUUUUCUUAUUUCUUUACUCUCUUCUCUUUCUCCUUCCUUUCAUCUUUUAUCAACCUUCCCAUACGGUUUUCUGCUUAUCAUACUUGUUUUUUUAUUUUAUUUCUGUGUUUCUUCCUUCAAGUUUACCUCUCCUCCUUCUUUUAUGAUUUUCUACUUCAUUUCUUUCCUUCCUUACCUUCAUAUGCUCAAUCUUUCUCCUCCUUUCCUUCCCUUUCUCUCCUUCUGUCUCCCUUCUUCCAUGUUUCUUCUUGUUUUCCCUUCCCUCUAUUUUUUCUUUCAUAAUUUUCUACCUCAUUUCUUUCCUUCCUUACCUACAUAUGCUCAAUCUUUCUCCUCCUUUCCUUCCCUUUCUCUCCUUCCAUCUCCCUCCUUCCAUGUUUCUUCUCAAUUUCCCUUCCCUCUAUUAUUUCUUUCGUACUUAAAAGUCAUUUCGUAAGUCUUCCGUUUGUCCUCUACAACGAUUCAAUCUUCCACCCAAAACCCCAUCCUUUCUCCAAUAGAUGAUAACAAACAAAAUACUAAACCUCACAGCACACCCACACAGUUUAUCAUAGUCUAUCCAUAACUGGUUUUCUUUCACUCUCUGCCUUGAUGAUAAUAAACAAAGUACCAAACCUCACAGUACACCCACACAGUUUAUCAUAGUCUAUCCAUAACUGGUUUUCUUUCACUCUCUCCCCCUCUAUCUCUCUAUCGAGGUCUCCAUCCCUCCUCUUGCAAUGGCUACUCUUUUAAAUCCAUAGAGUCAAAAUGCUAUAGGCUUUCUGCACCUAUUCUAUUAUUUUGAUAUUAUUUUGGUAUAGAUUUUAAACAGGAAAGAGAGAUAUUUGCAACCAUAAUAACCCCAUAUACCUUCUUCAACAACUCAUUUUUAUUAUAUUUAUUAAUCUACAGUUUCCUCGUAUAAUUAUAUAAUGAAUCGUUACCAUAGUCACUCAUAUUCACACUCCAGCUUAAGGUAGUCAUUCUCAGUCUUCCUCAUGCUAUGGAAAUGAUAGGAAACGAAAUUCACUGCCUAUCGUACCCUCGGAAUUCUUGUGUAUAUAUAUUCGUUUAAGGUUUUUAUCAAUAACUCAGGUGUGUUCAGUUACCUCUCACCUAUAGACAAAACAAAUCAAUUACUUACAAAUGUUCUUAAGACUCACCAGCGCACACUUGCAGUAUUCCUCGCUGGGUUUUAAAUCAUUCUCUUGUACAUUUUUCCCUCGUUGACUUUGAUUGUUUAUUUUUUUAGAGAUUUUAAGAGUACAUGAUGAACACACAUACACACAUACACGCACACACACACACACACGCACAGCAGCUGGCGUGUGACUGUCCGACCUCUCAACGUGUCGGUCUUUCGGUCACACUCAGCAAUCUGCCGUAACAAUGCAAUUUAGCCGUUACUACAGUUACCCCUCGACAGUGCAAGCUAGGACUAGGGCGUAACCUUACCUAUUGUAAAAAGAAAUAUAUCGUUUAUGCCUAUAGGGUAGUGGGAUGGGGCCAACUGUAUUUAUAAAGAAGAAUAAUAAUCUCAAAAAUACUGGCAA